UCACGAGGAAGUUCUGAGAGUACCGCUCCUGACGCGCAUGCGCACUACGCCCCGGUAGAACUGCAGACGCCGCUAUGUGCUCGCGCUGAGCUGUUUUGAAAGGCAGAAAAGCACUUCUUAUCCCAGAAAAAGGACCAAAAAGUCCCCCUCUGUUUGCGCAAAACAAUUUUUUAGAUGAAUGUGUAGAUUUGUAAAAAGGGUUAGAGUGACCAAUUGCGAGGAUUAACGGAGAGGGUUCACUCCCAUACUGUUGGCAGUGGCCUUACCCAGAAUUCCACUCAUCUGCCAAGUGUUGUGGUCUGCAAGUCUUCAUCCCGGUGCCUCGUCUAAUUAAUUUCAGCACACCAAAAUGCGGAUGGGCUAUGAGGAGUGUGAAGUCAGCAUGCUCUGUUGAAGCUGUAGCAGAGCAGUGUGUCCUGUGUUUUAUUAGCAUGCUCUUAGGGAUGGCAUGAGCACCCCGUCCCUCUCCGAACACAAGGUCAAGCUUCAUAAGGGACGCGAGAGGAUAAAGCUGGCCAUGUCACGGGUCCCAACCCCCCCUCCUCCAGGGGAGAUGACAUCAGGACCUGUGGCAGAGAGCUGGUGUUACACACAGGUCAAAGUAGUGAAGUUCUCCUACAUGUGGACCAUAAACAACUUCAGUUUCUGUCGAGAGGAGAUGGGCGAGGUGCUGAAAAGUUCCACAUUCUCUUCUGGUCCCAAUGACAAAAUGAAGUGGUGUUUAAGAGUAAAUCCAAAAGGCCUAGAUGAUGAGAGUAAAGAUUAUUUGUCCCUCUACUUACUUCUUGUAAACUGUCCAAAAAGUGAAGUGCGAGCAAAAUUCAAGUUCUCCCUGCUGAAUGCCAAAAGAGAAGAAACUAAAGCCAUGGAAAGUCAAAGAGCAUAUCGAUUUGUCCAGGGAAAGGAUUGGGGCUUCAAAAAGUUUAUUAGGCGUGACUUCUUACUUGACGAAGCGAACGGACUUCUACCAGAUGACAAGCUUACACUUUUCUGUGAGGUGAGUGUGGUGCAAGACUCGGUGAACAUCUCCGGUCAGUCCAACAUGAACAUGCUAAAGGUGCCUGAGUGUCAGCUGGCUGACGACCUGGGUAGCCUGUGGGAGGGCUCCAGGUUCACUGACUGCAGCCUAUUUGUGGGAGGACAGGAGUUUAAAGCACACAAAUCCAUCCUGGCAGCAAGGUCACCGGUAUUCAAUGCCAUGUUCGAACACAAAAUGGAGGAAAGUAAGAAGAACCGCGUGGACAUCAGUGACGUCGAGCCGGACGUGUUUAGAGAGAUGAUGGUCUUUAUCUACACAGACAAAGCUCCAAACCUGGAGAAGAUGGCUGAUCAUCUGUUAGCUGCAGCGGACAAGUAUGCUUUGGAGAGAUUGAAGGUGAUGUGUGAGGAGGCUUUGUGUAACAGUCUGUCUGUCGAGAACGUGGCAGACAUCCUCAUUCUAGCAGACCUGCACAGCGCAGAACAGCUCAAAGCACAAGCCAUAGACUUCAUCAACAGAUGCAGCGUUCUCAGACAACUGGGCUGUAAAGAUGGGAAGAACUGGAAUAGCAAUCAUGCAGCAGACAUAAUGGAGACCGCAGGCUGGAAGGCCAUGAUCCAAUCCCAUCCUCACCUAGUGGCUGAAGCCUUUCGUGCCCUUGCCUCAGCCCAGUGCCCUCCGUUCGGCCUGCCCAGGAAACGGCUUAAACAGUCCUGACCUUCGCCAUUUCCUCCUUUAGAAAGAUGCAGCAGCCAGCCCUGAUUCCCUCGUACCCCGUCACUCCCUUCUCCUUUACUAAAGCCCAGCUGGAGGACUGCACUAGCUUACAGUGCUCUUUGCUCACCGCAGAGAAAGAAGAAGAAGGAACCAGCUUUAAAAUGGCCGACUCCGAGCUGGCUUCUCUCUGCUCAGUGAUGUGUCAUUUGAUAAAUGGCCUUAAAGGACAUGCCCUUACCCCUCCAGGCCUGUCCAGAUUGCACUAACUCUUCCGUAACACCGUAGUUUUAAGGUGAUGUUUAGGUCCCUUGUCUGUGAAGUGUUGUCAACAGGGGCACAUUAACUGGCAUCCAGAAUGUUAAAGCCCUGCCUGUGAUAUUGACAUUUUGGAAGACAAAAGAAAAGGAUAACGUGUGAACUCGGGAAAAAAAACGAACAUCCACACGCGAAGUGCAAAAUCAUUUCCGCUGACACUUUUUAAAAACGAUGUUGCCCAUGUUGUUUUCAGAAAUGUUUACUAGUGUGUUUAACAUCAGUAAAUAUGGGCAGAAGUAUUAACUGAGAUUCUGCAUUAGAAUACUUGGUGAAAUGUGAUGCAUUCUUUCUGAGUAUGUAAUUGAGUAUUACAUGAAAGCAGAACUGAACAUGUCAAUAUUUUGCACCUCCUUAACUAUUGGGUGAAUAUGAAGAUUUGUUUAUCAUAUUGUUUACAAAACAUUUUUCCUUUUCACACAGACUUAUUUUUGACUUUUAGUUGUAUGGAGUUUAUUUUCUAUGAUUAGCAGCUUUGCUUACUCUAUGAAAUGGCAGAGUUCUUUGUGUUUGGAAAAUGUAUUGUGGUUUAAAAGAACUUUGAUUUAUUGCUUUGAAAU